CUCAGAUGGAAGUUUCACUCAUCGGGUGAAGUUUACCCUUCCACUACUACCAACGGUCUAUAAGUAGCUCAGUGCGAGUUAAUCAAGUAUUCAAACUACUAGCCAGGAGGUCGAUGGUUCGAGACUCUCCGGUGUUUCGUGAGAUGCGCAUUGCUGAUGAUUCCAAUAAGAAUGAAACAACCGUACAAUGCUUCUCGGCUUUUCAGCGUAGGUAACUUUCUGUUUCGGGAGGGAGAUUCAGAAGAAGCUAGGUGGCUGUUACGAUAUGUUCAGCUUACAAUCAGGUUCUGCUUGGAGCUCGAAACACUAUAAACAGUCAUGGGGCGUUUUAUGCACCUCAUGAAUUAAUUAAGCCCCCAACCGAUUUAGACGUUGCGGUGAAUGAUAAACCUUUGGGUCGCUGCAUCAUAACCCCAUACACACAUAUCGUUUGUAAUUCUGAACCGACUAAGGGUGAAAUUUAACCUUGCGCACUGUUGGAUAUUUCCAAAGAACCACACGAUGCAGGAUUUGUCCUGUUCUGCCGAGGGAUACCUCUACCUUUCAUAACAGAACUGCUUUUACCACUAAUUGUGGUCUCUGUUAAACAUAUAGUAUUUUCUCAACCACUUUAGUUUCCUUCAUGCUGUUUUGCUUGACGUUCGAGGUUUGUGUGGGUGUCACUUUUGGUCGACCUGCAGUUUUUAACUACUUCCUACUGGCCUUUCUGCAGCCUGAGUAUGAAUUUUUACUCUCAUUUCACAGCCACUUCACUUCCCUCCGCUACCUUCUCUUCGAGAAGUGCUGCGUAUCUACGGGCUGCGCGCUCAAAAACAGUUAUCCCAGAAUUUCCUGCUCCAGCCUGCCUCACUCAACAGUUUUGUCAAAUGUGCGGGUUCAUUGCACAAUGCGUAUGUAUUGGAGGUUGGUCCUGGGCCCGGUGGAUUGACGCGAACCAUUCUUCAGUGCCGUCCGCGCCAUUUGGCUGUCGUUGAAGUCGAUAGGCGAUUUAUUCCUGGCUUGGAGGAAUUGCGUAUGACCGCGGCGGAAAUGGGCAUAAAAAUGGACAUAUACCGACAAGAUAUACUUCAAUUCACCGGAGAGGCCAUCUUCCCAAUAGAGGCCUGUCAAACUGAAGAAUCCUGGGGUGCUACUGUGGCUAACUCGUCUGGUGAUUUUCCAAAACAUGAUACCACGUGUGGUGCACUCGCGUGUCCACCACCUCUGUCUCGGGUGCGCGUGAUUGGUAACCUGCCUUUCAACAUCUCCACUCCGUUGGUUAUCCGCUGGCUGCACGAUAUAUCGGAACAUCGUGGCAUUUGGCGUCUUGGGCGAGUUCCCAUGAUCUUUACUUUUCAGAAAGAAGUCGGCCAACGUCUAGUUGCCGAUGUAUGGGAUGAACAGCGCUCACGUCUUUCAAUUAUGGCGCAAGCUUAUUGUGAAGUAAAGUUCAUGGAAGAAAUACGGGGUUCAGCGUUUCUUCCGAGGCCACAAGUGGAUGCAGCCAUCGUAAGACUGGUACCGCUCAGUCAACCUUUGAUUCCUGUUGCGUUCCCUUAUGUAGAAAAAUUGGUCAGAGCUGCUUUCCACUUCAGAACAAAACAGGUUGUGCAUGGCCUAGAAACUCUCUUUCCAUCCAAUCGUCCUGAGCUGGUUAUUCGGCUGUUCAAAGAAGCUGGAGUGCAGCCAAUGAAGCGCCCUACUCAGCUAUCCAUUCUUGAAUAUCGCGAUCUUUGCUCCGCUUACGAGCGCAUUUGUCUUCGGGAACCGGAGAUGUUUGGUUUCGAAUACGCUUCGGCAUCCAACCUACCAGCUUGGCGUCUCCGAAAACAUAUUCAGCGUGAGAUCCUCGGAUCGGGCAAGCCAAUCUCAGCGGAUAUGAUCAGGAAACAUUUAUACGAAAACAGCUGAGCACAACUCACGGUGACAAUGCUCAACCCUGCUAUACCACGUCGAACACACCCAUUUGUGCAUGGACAAAUGCUAUUUUUAUUGACCUUAACUUGGUCCAGGUUAUCAGCUCAUUUCUCGUUGGUUUGGGUUUUAAGGGAUAGUAAGCGAUUUAUUCAUCGACUACUUACUCGUAGGUUGUUGCAGUGUAAUGUAGCAUCGAUUAAUCACGAUUAUAUCUGGAAGCACUAGAGUUUCAAUAUACCCGUUGAUUCAAACUAUAGUGUAUCUGGUAUACGGAAUUGGUUUACACCGUUAAUAUAAAAAAACAUC